GAAAACUUCAGAACUUCAAAACAGAAGGCCUUCAUUCACAUUUUAAAAUAAAAUGUGAUUCAUGUGAAACAUUGAAUAUGGUUAAUACUGGAGUGAAAAAUAAUGCAGUCUCUGAAAUUAAUUCAUCCGUGGUACUCGGUGCUAUUCAUUCAGGUGUAGGAAAUACAAGUUUGAAUAAGAUUCUAGCUUGUGCAAAUUUACCUCAAAUGAGAUCACAACAAUACAAAAAAUAUGAGAGUAUAGUUGGCAAAGCAAUUGAAUCUGAAGCAAGGGAUAGUUGUAAGCGAGCUGCAUCAGAAGAAAGGGAGUUAGUUAUUAAAAAUGUAAAAAAAUUAUGUGAUACAUUGCCUCCAGAAAUCACAAAAGAUAUUUUUCCUCAAUUAAAUCUCCUUAACAUCCAUUCACAGAAUAAUAAUAAUUUAUUUGACACUGCUUUAGGUGAAAUAAUAAAUAUAAUAGUAUCAUUUGAUAUGGGUUGGACUAAACGUGGUAACGGACGUAGCUAUGAUAGCUUGAACGGCUAUAGUACAAUUAUUGGUUUCUUAUCAGGGAAAAUUUUGGAUUACGAUACGAAAAAUCGAAAAUGCCGAAAAUGCGAUCUGGGGCAUAAAAAAGAAGACCAUGACUGUCGAUUAAAUUUUCACGGUAGUGCUAAGGCUAUGGAGGCAGCAGCCGGAGUUCAACUUGUGAAUCAUAGUACUAUUCUGAAAGAAGCAGGUCUUCAAGUACGAGUCAUCAUAGGAGAUGAAGAUAGUUCUAUGAUUGCUGCUGUACGAGCAGACAACCCAACGAAAAAAUUCCAUAAAUUAUCUGAUAAAAAUCACUUAGCUAAGAAUUUCGGGAAAGAAUUGUACGGCAUGCAAAGUAAAUAUAAAGAAUUGACUAGAAAGAAUGUUAUACCUCAUUUAAAAAAAUGCUUCACUUAUGCUGUGUCUCAAAACAAGGGCAAGUCUGAACAAUUGGCAGUAAAUUUGAAGCAAAUACCUGAUCAUUUAUUUAAUAGACACGAAAAUUGCGGUAGUUGGUGUAAUCCUAAUAAAAAGCAUACUAUCAAUUUAUCAGAUGAGACUUUAUACGAUGCAUUGGUCAAUUUAUUUAAAAAAUAUGCUUCAAAUUCUCAUAAAUUCUCAAUAGCAGCUUCUAGUCAAGCGAACGAGAGCUUUAAUAAUAUUGUCGCAAAUAAAGCUCAUAAAAAUAAAUGUUUAAGUACAACUGCAGCUUGUGAUAUCAGAGUAGCAACUGCUGUUUGUAUUAAAAAUGAUGGUAACCAAAGUAUCUUGAAUAUCCAAAAUAAAUUAGAUAUUCCUAAUGGAUCUAGAACAGUUAAAUAUGUUCAUGAUAGUGAUAUAGCACGAGAGAAAAAUCUACAUCAAACAAAUCAAAGACAAAAAAAAUACGUAGAAUAGAAUUGAAGCAAAAGAGAGAACUAUUGAGGAAAAAUAAUGAAAAAUGUGAGGGCAUUACUUAUGAAAGUAAUUAUGGAAUAGAUAAAUUGACUAAUUAUGUUCGUGAUAGCAAGAACUGUGAUAUUAAGCAGAGUAAUAUUUUAGACGAAGAUAAAACUAAUGUUGUUUAUUUUGAUAUUGAAACGACAGGAUUUGCAGCUGAUGCUCAUAUUUUACAAAUAGCUGCAAUCUGUGAUACUGUAGUUUUUAAUGUUUAUGUACAUACCAAAACAAAGAUCUCGACAUCAGCAAGCGCUGUUACUAAACUUCACCAUGAUCAUGCGGGAAAUUUAUUUUACGAAAACAAGCAGAUGCAAACUCUGAAAAUUUCGGAUGCUUUAGAAUCUUUCGGACAAUUUUUAGAAAAAUUAUCUAAGAGCAAAGAAAAAUGUUUGUUAGUUGCACACAAUGCCCGCUUUGAUGUUCCUCGACUUUUACGUGCAAUAAGUAAUGUAAAUGCUUCUAAAAUUUUAGAUUUAAUUGUAGGCUUUGCGGAUACUUUAGCAAUAUUUCGAUCGGUCUUGAGUGAUAGAAAAGGUCCUGGUAAAUUUAAAUUAGAGAGUCUCAGUCAAGAUUUUUUAAAAAAUUCAGAUAAUGAACAACAAUCAUUCCAUGAUGCAGCUUAUGAUGUUCUAACUUUACAAAAUAUAGUGGAAAUAUUAAAUUU